AUGGCCAAGGAGUCGAAAGAAGAGCGCAGGGCUGCACGCAAAGCCGAGAAGAAAGGCACCAAGGAGAAGUUGGUGGAAGAUUCAGGCGUGAAGAAGUCCAAAUCCGACAAGAAAGAAAAGAAGGAGAAGCGCAAGGUGCUCGCCGAGAAGGUGCUGAACGAGGUUGAGGGGAAGAAGUUGAAAAAUGGGGAGAGUGACGAUGAGGACGAGGACGAAAAGCCAUCGGACGUCGACGUUGAAAAUUCGGAUGAGGUCGAGAAGGCAGCGACCUUGAGCAGCAGACCCGUCGGUGCGUUGGUACCUUUCGCCAACCCGCUCGCCGACGAUAAAGUUGCGAAAAAGGUGUUUAAGAGUGUCAAGAAAGGUAUGCACUUGCCCGGGUUGCCUCCCAAUUCUGUUCCGUCAACCGACUACAACAAAAAUGCUAACAUGGUCUACCUGUUUUCAGCUGCGGCCCAACGAACCCUCAAACGCGGUGUCAAAGAAGUCGUCAAAGCGCUCCGCAAGUCCCCUGCCGGCAGUGCUUCCGAUUCAUCACCUAUCGGGGUGGUGAUUCUCGCCGCAGACAUCUCUCCGAUGGACGUGAUCAGCCACAUCCCCGUACUGGCCGAAGACCAUUCAAUCCCUUACAUUUACGUGACUUCACGUGCCGAGCUCGGUAUGGCGGGUCAAACGAAACGGCCUACCUCUGUGGUCAUGGUGAGUCGGGAUCAAGGAAAGAAGAAGGGCGAGACCGGGACUGCAGAGAAAGACGAUGGGGAGAGUUGGGACGAGACAUAUAAGAGUCUUGUCAAGGUGGUGCAGAAAGAGGGCGUUCGUGUGAAGGUCUAG